AUGUCUCUUCCGAACGGGGUUACAGCCAUGUCACGGGCUUUUGCCAUGCCCACGCCCGUCGUUUCGUGUACACGGGCGCGGCGCCGGCUGGAAGUCGGCGGGGUUGUCGAGGGCGGUCAAGGGCAAACGUGCGGUUGGCGGCUUGCUUCUCGAGCCCUUUUUUCUUUCACUGCACGGGCUCUUGGCAGUCGUCUACCGCAUUCGACACUUCUUUCCUCACUUGUGGGUCUCUGUUCGGCCCUCGUCGCGCGCUUGCGCGUUGGUGUGCUAUGUGCUGUUCAACGGUUGCAUGAGGGCCUUGCCCUUGUCCAGCAUGGUCAUGUAUGCAGAGCGUGA